CCACUUCCGAAAGAGCUUCCAACGACAAUGGUCCACUUGAAAUACUUGCAUAUGGAAUGGGUGUGGUUUAGGCACAAAUAUGUGGUGCCUUUUCUUGUUCUUUUAAUUAGAAGCUCCCCAAACCUGGAGAAACUUAAGCUAGAGAUUUUCCCCGAUGAUGACUUGUUUGAGGAAUCUGAGACGGGCUCCUUUCCACGAAAAGAUUAUCCAGAUAUUACGUUGGAGCAUCUUACCGAAUUGGAGAUUCUACAGUUUGGCGACGCAGAUAAUGAGUUGGAUUUUGUAAAGUUUAUAUUGGCUAAGUCACCUAUACUAAAGAAGGUGAGAAUACUCCUAUGGGAUGAGAUUGAUGAGGAUGAAAAAUUGCAGAUUUCAAAAAUCGUUAGAAGCUCCCCACGCGCAUCGUUUGUGGUAAAACUCAAUGUUAGUUGAGACCGACUAAUUUGAGUUACUUGGUGGUUUUUUUACUGUUUAGUGAAAUGAAAAAUUUUGUUGCUACCUUAUAUGGGAUUUUGAGAAUUAUGAUCUUUUGCAACUUAAA